AUGCCAAAUCUUUAUGCAGUCCUGCGAAGGUUGAGAGACGCCACGCAUGUUGUCAUUCUGUGGAUUGACUGGCUUUGCAUUGACCAGAACAACACAGAGGAGCGAACUCAUCAGGUCGGUAUGAUGCGUGACAUCUACGCUAACAGUACCGAGGUCAUCAUUUGGCUUGGAUCUGGAGGCGAGACUGAUGUCAGCAACCGGCCCAUCAUCGAGUUUUGGGGAGAUGACCGAGACAUUGGGCACAUUAGCAGCCACCUGGAGCGGAUGUAUUCGCAAAAGCAACACGCAUUAUCCUCGGCCCACCGCACAGACAUGUACGGUACAUUUUGCAUCAUCUCGUUGCUGGCUCAGGGUCUCAACGCUUCCAAGAUCUGGUAUCUCAGGAGACUUGAUUAUGCGCCAGCCAUAAUUCAGGGACUUAGCUCUCUCAUGGAGAUGUCCUGGUGGACCAGGAUGUGGGUAGUCCAAGAAACUGUAGUGGCUUCAAGGGCUGUCGUCUAUUACAGCAAUAUUUCGAUGCCAUGGGAGGUCUUCUCUAGAGCAGCUUCUCAAAUAUCGAGACACAGCGUGGAAAUGCUCGGCCCCACUCCCGCGAGGACUUAUGGUCCCACGCUGUCUUGCUUUCACCGACAAAUCAGUGAAAUCGAUGGCACGAGGGCCUCGUGGAGGGCAGUUGAGCCUUCAGCCCUCCUUCCGUUACUGAGGAAAUUUCGGAACAGGGGUGCAAGCGACCGGCGUGACAAGGUGUUCGCCCUCCUCGGACUGGUCAAGUACUGGGGUGGAAGUGAACCUCUUGUACCUGACUACGAUGACAGACUCUCCGUAGUUUUCCUGGGGACGACAAAGCACCUCAUUCGGAGUCACAAGUCUCUUGCAGUCUUGUCAGGGACAAAAACAAGUACGAGGCAUCUAGGCCAGGGUUUCCCAACUUGGUUAACGGAUUGGAGCCAUGUUGCUCCUGCCGGUGAGGCGGACAGAUUAAGCGCCCAGCAUUUAUACAAAGCCGCUGGAGAUGCUAUGAAGGGAAUCAGACUCCAUGGUCAGACACUCUUGGAACUUGGAGGGAAUUGUGUUGAUCGUAUUUCCUUGACGUCCAGCAGUGAUGAGGAUCCAGGAAACAAAUUGCGCAGCAUCAUUGAGUGGUGGUGGAGCAUUAUACCUUGGCCGGCCCACGCCUACUACGAAGAUGGAGUUCCUGGGACAGUAGCGACGGUAAAAGACGCUUCUUGGAGGACUAUAUGCGCCAACCUGAUAUACGUGCCCAACGCGGUGUCAGAUAAGAACAAGUACAGGAGGACAACGCCGGCAGACGCGGUUUUAUUCAACGCUUGGUACACCGACAACGAUUACAACUCGAAAAUUCGAAGAACAUCCAUCGUAGACGGCAUUUACAUCGAAGGCAGGACCGAUGAGGAAGUAAAGGCUGAACAGAGGAGCUUGGCGUUCCAGAGCUCCGUCGAGUGCGCCUCUCGUGGUAGGAGCUUCUUCAUCACUGAGGCGGGCAGGAUGGGACUUGGACCGGAAAAUUGCAAAAAGGGGGAUGAGGCGUACCUACUCAGCGGUAGCCGGGUUCCGAUGAUCCUUCGAGCGUCUGGUAGGGCGAAGAAGUGUAGAGACAAGCUGAUCGAGAGGCUGGUGCUGUCCGCUGAAGAGCAGAACACCAGGAUUGUGGCAGGCCAGCCAGGUGCUGCCGGGACCUUGAAAGACCGCGAAAUGGCUAAGGAGACACGUUGUGGCGAAAAUCAUCUCAAUUAUUUUGCCCUUGUCGGUGAUGCCUAUGUGCAUGGCAUCAUGGAUGGAAACUUGGCCUCUCGGGAUGCUACAACACCCGUUUAUUUGAUAUAG